UGUUGUUGAAAUAAGAGAAGCCAAGUAUGUAAAUCUAGUAAGGUAUCACGGUGGGGCCAAGGAGAGAGGGAUGGGGUAUUACUCUGGGUGUGUCAUUCAGUGCAAUGCUUGUCCCCAGGUGUGCAGUGUAGGGGAGCGUGAGCACCUGCCAGGCCGCUCACAGUGAUAGAGCCCUCAAGUAGACUAAGAAGCUGUGUUGCCGAGGACCACGUCUGGCUCCAGCAGCUCAGAUGAGGAGGCGUCACGGUUCGGGGAGGCGUGUGACCCCACCCUGUGGAGGACGGCCGCGCAGGGAGCCGCCAAGAAUGAAAUCUGCAGAGCGGAGGCAUCUGAUGAGAAGCCCCAGCCAAGGCGACCAGAGGCAGGCCUUCAUGCUGCUGGAGAAGAUGCGCACAACCCUUGCCGGGGCGCAGGGCAAGGCAGGGUGUGUGGGGCUGAGGCACAAGGAUGGCCAUGGCCCCGGCAUACAGGGCAGGCCAUCGUCAGGCAGGGCAGAGGCCAGCACAGCGAGGGCGGCCACGGCUGCCCCAUCCACACUCCCCCUUCCUGGCCAAGCAGCUCACCUCAAGACUGGACGGUGACCAAGUGGUGUGUUGGUGCCUACCUCUGGCUGGCCGGCUGUUAUGAUAGAAUUAUGAAGAGCAAGCAGACAGCGCUGAAAGAACGGGGAAUUCUUCUUCUUCCACAAACAACUGCCAAUGAGAGAGUGAAGCGAUGAAUAACAGGGCACUGAAUAACAGGUAGCCACGCCCUGUAGAUUUUGUGUGACAUUUAUAAGAAGAACAUAAGAGCAUAAGAACAUAGGGAGACUGCAAGAGGCUGAAUGGCCUACACAGGGCAGCUCCAGAUUCCCCCCCACUGCCACCUGUCAUCCUCGUCCAUGUAGCUAUCAAGUCUACUCAUAAAACAAGCUGUCAUCCCUGCACUCACUAGUAUGUGAUUGCUGAGUCUAUUCCAUUCCCCCAUCACCCUAUUACUAAGCCAAGGCCUGCCUAGUUCCCUCCUAAUUCUAUACUUUUCUAAUUUAAAUCCAUUACUGUGUGUUCUAUCCUGGUGGCAGUGUGGGUUGCCUGCUGCCAGCACGUCAUCUGGGAGACACACUCGGGUGGCAGUGUAAGCAGCAAGCCUUCCAUUUAGUGAGCCUGUGUUACAAAAUCAGCUUAACCUUUAGACGGCUACAGGAACAAAGAAGAUGCCAUAAAAAUUGCAUUGGUGUGAAGAUCAAACCCCAGGAUCACAUUAGACUUUCUGUUCAGUAUUCAGCCAGUCAGUUUUGUGAGGCAGAAAUAAAACAACACUUCAAGAUUGCGAUUGAAUCUAUAUAUAAACAAUAGUUAAAACACCCCUUAUGUGGUAUAACUAUACUUGUGCUGCGGUCCUAAGGUCGGCAGUGACUAUAUAUAGACCAUUCAUUUUGGGGAGCUUUUCUUCUAAUACUGCCGCCAUCUGAGUUAAUCUGCAUGAUAAACCCACGGAUCAUUUUUUAUAGUACAAACAUUCCUAUCAUUUCUAAAAACAACUUCCAGUGCAGUAAACAAUAUCUUUUGCCUCUACAGUCAUGCCUUGGUUUAUGAGUCUAAUUCGUUCUGGAAUUUUGCUCGCAAAUCAAAACACUUGUAAGCCAAAACAAAUUUCCCAUUGAAACUAAUGUGAAUCCCAUUAAGGUGUCCCAUAUCCCAAAAAAUAUUAACAUAAAAAUCAUUUUACAUGUUAUUUUACACAGAAUGAAGAUAAUUUUACAAACAACUUGCAAUGAUAAUCAAUAUUUUUUUUAUAAUAUAGUAUAAUAAUAUAGCAUAAUAUCUAAAUAAUACAGUGCUGAAAACACAAAGAUCGCACACUGGAGCACAAACGUACGCGGACAGGAGCGCGGUGCUACCCUUGAGAGUGUGCAAAGUGGACUAAGGUGGUGUCACACUGGGCGUUUUCCUCCAGCCCUUGGAGCAAGAAGGAACUGUGGUUGCCUGUACGGUCAACCGGGAGUGAGUUGUUGGUUUGGGUAAAUACUCCUGUCCUCCCGUCUCUGAAGCCAUGAUCGUACCCACAACGGCUUCUUCCUUCCAAUAAACUAUAGCAACAAGCUUAUAGUUUGAGUGGCAGCAGCACAAGCCACAACAGCUCUUACUUUUGCAAACGGUGCCGUGUAGAGUGGACCGAGAGGAGGAGGACCUAAGAAGCGAUACAAAGUGUUACAGGUCCAAAGAAGAAGAUGUGAAUACAGGGCGACUGGUUUGUUUACGUUGUGGAUAUGGGCAGCCGAUCUUGGUCGUGUGUGACGCACGUCACCUGGUAAUCAAGAGUUAUCCCCCUUCCUUGAGACUGUUUUCCAUCCCCCCUGUGAUCCACCAGAGCGCUCUUUCUUGUCCAUAUAACUAGAUGAACCAACACAAUUUCUCAUUUUGUCACUCAUCAAGGACAUACGCAUUGGUUUAGUCAAAGUUAUGAGAUCUCCAGUUCAUUAGGAACUUUUCUCUAGCUACUUUGCGUCACUGCACGAGACGGAAUUUUUCAAGACGUCCUUUUCUCAACAAAAUACCGACCGAUGGCAUCGCUUCACUUUCUUGUUUCUACUGAUGACGAUGAUGUUUUCAUACCUACAGUGAUGCUUUCAAAUGGUCUGUGGUGCAGCAGUAACACAACAGUGACCUCGUGAACUCUGUAUGCACCCCCACCUGGCAGGGUUCCCCGUAAGAAUCUCAGG